AUGUCGCUAAAAUGUGCAUUGCUUAUGCCUUAUAUUAAGAUCACAUUACUCAGUGUCUUUUUGUCAACAGGAAGUAGCAAAGAAGAAGCCCCAUCGAAAGAUAAAUUUAGACUUGAAACACUUCAAGCACAAUAUGAGGAAGCUACAGAAAAGUUGAAGAAGAUGCAGGAUGAAGUCCUCAUGAAAAAUGGAGAAAUCAAAAUUCUACGGGAUUCAAUGCAGCAAAUGGAAUCUGCUCUGGAGGAACAGCGGAAAGCACGCAUGCUUCUGGAAAACGAGAAUGCUCAGAGUCUAAAUGAAAAAGAAAAAGAGUUCUCAAGGAAGUUACAGUCAUUGCAGUCUGAGCUACAGUUCAAAGAGGCUGAAAUGAAUGAGCUGAGAACAAAGCUUCUGAACUUUGAAAAAAUUAAACCAGUUAGCCCUUCAGUUUCAAAUAACAGUCCUCAGAAGAGUCCUCCAAAAACUCCAAAAGUUGAAGGAUGUACCCAGAGUGAAAAAAACAGUUUUCCCACAAAAGGUUCUUUUCAGUCUCAGAUACUACCUAAAUCAUCCAGCUCUAGAACAGCAUUGCCUGGUGACGCUCUUUUGGUUAAUAAGGAUUGCAAAAUGCCAGACCUUGAAACUGAGCCUCUGAAGCCAGAAAUGCGCUACAUCUGUGUUCAAAGGCCAGGCUCCCUUUUGAUAAGUGCCCUGAUGAAGCAACCUGUUAUUCCGGGAUCAUCUCUAGGACUCUGUCACCUUCUUAGCCGUAACAUUGAAGAAUGGCCUGCUCCCGUCACACAGUCGACUUCUUUCAAUAUAGGAUCUACCAGAAACUUCGGUGACAGGAUUGCAAGCUGUCAAGAAGAGGAGGUUUCGAUGAGAAUUGCUCAAAAACUUGCCCUGACUGGACUGAAUUUGAUUGCUGUAGAUGAAGGUUCAUUGGAAGAAAGCUCAGAAGAAAGCAAGAGAGGAGUAUCCCACACAAAAUACUAUAAAAUUCCAGGGGCAGUAUACCUUCUUCCUCUUCUGGAACAUCACAUUACUUCAUACCAUGAAGCCCUCUUGUUAAUGGCGAAGGCUGGGAACACUUCCUCAGGAAACCAAUCUGUUUAUUCUUCUAGAAGUUCCUCAAGUGCAACAUCAAGCAUAGAUGACUUUUUACCUACUCUGGAAGAAUUUGCACUUGCAUCUCUGGGCAUUCUUUAUUAUUUGGUAUUUUAUAGCUGGGAAGUUGUUUGUACACUACUCUCCCCUAAAAUGAAACAGGAUUGUGGUUCGGGAUGCACAGAAGUUCCUGAGAAGGACACCACUGUUGCUUGUAGUAAGCAGUGCAGUGCUAAUCCUCAGGAGCCCAACCCCGAACUGGACAUAGUUAAUGUUGACUGUUCCCAACAACCUUUGUUUAAAAAGCUGCUGCAGCUCUUAGCUUCCUGUGCCACAGGAUGCCAGAGGGGUGGCAUCAUGAAUCAGUGCCUCAGAGUUUUGGUGAAGUUAGCUGAAAGGUCAACAGUUGACUUAUUAUUAAGCUUUCAGCAUUUAUUGAAUACCCAAACACCGACCCUGCUCCGCUGCCUGUCUUCUGAAAACCCUUUGUUUGCUGUCCACCUGACUGUUCGCCUGUUAACUUUGCUUGCUGAACGCCAGGAGCUUGCUGCUAAGUUUUGUUCAAGUUCAGAAACGUGUCUCCUUUUGGCGGUAUACAUGUAUAUUACAUCAAGACCAGAUAAAUCCGCAUCUGAGAUGCUUUGGCUACAAUUGGAACAAGAGACUGUUCGCUUCCUGACCAAGUGUGUACAGUGUUGCAGUCUCUCUGUUGUACUUGUUGGAACAGAUUGCCAGUGCAACUCUGAGGUAGUGAAGGCUCUAAUCAUAAUGUUACACAGACAAUGGCUGACAGUCAGAAAGGUGGAAGGAAAGCUGUUUGAUGUGCAAGCAAAGCAAAUAAUUCAGUUUUUACGGAGCACUGUUUUGCUCUUGCACAGUUUGUCUCAAAGGGACAAACUCUUUCAUGAACAUUGCCUGGAAGUGCUCCAUCAAUAUGAUCAUGUCAUGCCUGGCCUCAGAGCAAUACUCCGAAAAACAGAAAAUCUGAAAGCAUGUGAAGAACUUGCAUUGGAUGAACUAUAUCCUUUGGAGCAAGAAGCUGAUGAUCAAGAAAUGGAAUGCAGCUAACCUUGGAUCAAUGAUAUAUAUGCAGAAGAGGCUAGUUUUAUAAUUUAACUGAAUAGUUUCUUAAAUUAGCAGUUUAAACUGAAAAUUUGGCCAGAUCAGUUGUCAGAAGCUAUCACAGUAAAAUCAGUAUUUUUUUUAAAAAAUCAUUAAUGAAUGUUGUGCCCAAUACAGAAAAAUAAAAUACUAGUUAUCUGAAGAAUAUGAUAUUAAAAAUAAUGAUAUCUGAAACAUUUCAAUUGUUAUAUUUACAUGAAGGGAAACUUUUCAAAGAGCUUGCAAUGCUAUUCUCUCUAGAUCAUUGACUGUUACUGCCAUAAGUGUAAUUUGCAAUAGUUUCAUUCUUUAAUAGAGAUCAGUUUUUUAAAAGAACAUUGGUAUUCCAAGUAUGUCUUUUACUGAAUUAUUUUCAGAAUAAUACUUGUUUUUGAAAAACAUGAUCAGCUUCAUGUGUCAGGCUCCCACUUAAGUGGGAGUAGGUUCCAUUAAGUUUGAACUACAGUACAUACAAUUGCAUAGUAUGUGUGGUACUGUUAAUAACGUAUGUGCAAAAAGGCAGCAUACUCCCGAGUAUUUUAUGUUUAGAAACCACUUUAUCAAUGAAAAACUAGAGAUUUUAUAUAAUAUAGAAGAUUCACCUCUGUGGGGUUGUGUAAAAAUUAGGUAAGUUACAUGCGGCAUGCAACUUGUAGUGAUUCUAAUAGGGUUUUGAAGGUAUGUGAGAUAUUUAAUGAGUAGUUUGGUGGAAGACUAUUAUUAUUUUGCUAGUCCCAUUCCAAUGAGAUUCCAUGACCAAGCAGGAAUUUGAGCCCAGUUCUCCUGAGCUCCAGUCUAUCACUCUAUCCACUAUCUUUCAUAAAAACGAAGUAGACCUUCUUUCAAGUAGAAUGAAGUGAAAGCUUGGUGUAUCUGGGGACUUCAUUUAGACAGAAGAAAGGUUGAUGGAUAGAGAUCUGAUAUCAAGAACAGGGCUCAGUAUGUCACCUUUCUGUGAUGUUCUGGAAAACCUGCCCUCAGCCUGAUCUCUUGCUCCCUUCGGUUACAACAGCAAGGCUAGGUUAUUCUGGGGUUUAUAGGCCAGUAUGGCCAGAGGGCAUCAGGUUGGGGAGAGCUGUUCAGGAAGCAAAGUAGGCAACGUCUCUGUUCUUUGGGGACAUCUGAGAAGAAAGUGUUAUCAGAAGGAGGGGAUUGUUCAUACAUGCAGAUUUUUUUUUAAA